GACGAGGAGGCCGAAGACGGUGCUAUAGAGGAGGUAGCCCAUCUUUCAAAAGGUUUUUAUGAUGAGGAGAUCAGAGACUUUAUGGCAGAGCUCAGGAUGCUCCUGAUAUUAAGACUUGGCGCAUGAAACCAAUGUGACGAUGGAGGAGGGAUGUCAGAUCAUGUUAUAUUCAUGCAGCCUGGCCAAAUUCGGUACAGUGGUCAAUGCGAAUGAAGGCGAAGCACAAGGCUCGUCGUCAGCCGACUGAAUCUAGCCUAGCGCAGCUUUAUGAGCCUAGUGUUACAGCCCUCUGCUGAUUGGCUGGUCGGCACACAGAAAGCGAUUGAAUGAUUUUGACUAUUGAGAUCGCGAAAAGUUGAAGACGACUUGUCAAGACAAACAACUCUGCGAAAAUGUCACACCACUCGAGCCAAGUGUCUGCGGACCUGAUCUGGGAGAUUGUCCGUCCUUCCAAUGCCUUCCUCGUGAAGCGCGCUUCUAGCGGAGGUGUUCAAUUCUCUCGCGAUCCUUUCAACCUGACCAACCUCCACUCUCGCAAGUAUGCUGGUUUCGUCAACGACAAGGCUGUUGGAGUUAUCCCAGCUGAGGGUGACAAGGGAGGAGUUACGUUGAUCACGAAGAAGGUCAAGCACCCACAAAGACCUGUCAGCCACGUCCACAAGACUACCUUCGGCGGAAACAAGACCACCAGAAAGACAUACAAGGGAAUCGUCUCCAGCACUGCCAAGUCAGGAUACCGAGCUGAUCUCCGAUCUGAGGCUGUUGCCCGUUCAUCUGCUAUCCGACAAUCUCAACGAACGAAGAAGGAUGUCCCGGAGAAGAAGUUGCGUGGAUCAAAGGCAAAGAAGGCAGCUGCUGAGAAGGACGAGUAAAUUGGUGGGUGGAGGGGAUACGGUCUUGCUAGUCACUCAUGAAUAGAGCACAAUUUCAGGAGUUAUCUUGCGGCUACUGGUCUAUGAACUGUUCAUGGCAUGUGGCUUUGGUGAAGUGGUUCUGAGCAUUCUUCUGCCUUGAUAGGGAAUUCAUGGAUGGGUCCAUGUUCUACCUCAAGGAGUAGUCGGCUAUAGCAGAAUCAAGUGCCUUCCAAAAAUCCACAUGAUUUCUCCUAAAAGUAUACCCAGAACCUCAAACUAUUG